AUGGGAGACUGGAAUUUCCUUGGAGGCAUUUUAGAGGAGGUCCACAUUCACUCCACUAUUAUUGGAAAGAUUUGGCUAACGAUCCUUUUCAUAUUUCGAAUGCUUGUCCUGGGGGUGGCAACUGAGGAUGUUUGGAAUGAUGAACAAUCAGAAUUUAUCUGCAAUACUGAACAACCUGGUUGCAGAAAUGUGUGCUAUGAUGAGGCCUUUCCCAUCUCUCUCAUAAGAUACUGGGUCUUGCAAGUCAUAUUUGUGUCUUCCCCUUCCUUGGUCUAUAUGGGUCAUGCCUUAUACAGACUAAGAGCCUUGGAAAAGGAGAGGCAGAAAAAGAAAGCUCAGGUAAGGGUGGAACUUGAAAGCACUGAAUUAGAAAUGACUGAAAAUCGGAAAAGGCUGGAGAGAGAACUCCGGCAGCUGGACCAAAGGAAGCUGAACAAAGCACCCCUGAGAGGCUCAUUGCUCUGCACUUACGUGGUACAUAUUUUCACAAGAUCUGCAGUAGAAGUCGGUUUUAUGAUUGGGCAGUAUCUUCUUUAUGGCUUCCAUCUAGAUCCCCUUUAUAAAUGUCAGAGAGAACCAUGUCCAAACACAGUUGACUGCUUUGUAUCUAGACCAACAGAAAAGACCGUGUUCAUAUUAUUCAUGCAAUCAAUAGCAACUGUAUCAUUGCUUUUAAAUAUUCUGGAAAUUAUCCACCUGGGAUUCCGGAAAAUUAAAAUGGGACUCUGUGGGCAGCAUAAAAACAAGGACGAUCUUGACAAUUGCUAUGUAAACAAAUCUAAAAAGUACUCUGACAUACCACGCUCCUCUUUGGGAAUAUCCACCACCCCUCAAAAAACUCUUCCUUCUGCACUUACAAGUUAUACCUUUUUAAUGGAAAAGCAAACUGACACAGCUGCCCACCCGGUUCUGAAUUCUCCUCCCAUGUUUCAGUCUGGAAAAAAUAACUGCACAGAAAGCAGCAGCAAUUUCACCCAUGGCAACCAGGAAGAUAAAUCACCAAAGAAGAGGGCAGCUACAAAUGCUCUGGACAAUCAGACUCAAAAUAUUAGUACAAAUAAUUAUGAAGGCUUGCUUGGCAAGCUUGGGACUGAAGUGCACGAUGCUGAAAAAGAUGCAAAGAAAAAAUGCUUCACUGGCACUGAGAAUGCAGAUACAGCCUCGAGUAUUUGCCUGAGAACCUUGGCUGAAAUGCCAUCUCAUCCCCCACUGCAACCUGAAACAGCUUCUCCUAAUACUGGUUUCAGAAGACAACAUGGAAUCAGUUCAUCUUGGAACUGCUCAGCAAUAAUUGAGAGUGCAGGAGCUUCAACAAGUUCUCUUCCUGAGAACAGUGACAGAGUGCAAAGCAGUCUCAGUGCAAACAAAGCCCAACCUCCUUACAAUGCUGACACCAACAAUUCCAGGCGCCCAGACUCUCCAGACUCUACAUGGGAGGUGAGCUCAGAAUCUAAACAAAGCAGAAAUGGUGAUAAUCCUAAACCUUUCUCUGUGUCCAGGCAGCCGUCCCCGUCGAGCAGCGGCAGCAACAGGCGCGUCCCCACCGACCUGCAGGUGUAG